GGCGUGGUUAAACUGGCUAUCGUUUGCCGCGUUCCUCUCGUUGUUGUCUGUUGCAGCCUUUCUAACAUUUUUCUAAUGUCCUGAGUUCACCGUAAAUGGAUACGUUUAAUCACCUUCUCCUAAAGCAUCCGCAUGUGAUGUAUGGUGGCGUCGCCGCUACUGCGUUUGUUGCCGGUGGCGCACUGAUUUACAAGGUUGCUAACAGAAAGAAACCGACGCAUGCCAAUGUGAACUGCUGGUUCUGUAAUGAGGAUAGUGUGGUGCCAUACGGCAAUAGAAACUGCUGGGACUGCCCUAACUGUGACCAAUACAAUGGCUUCCAGGAUAAUGGGGACUACAACAAGCCCAUCCCUGCUCAGUACAGAGAGGAUCUUAACCAUGGAGUGGCAGGAUGUCCUCCCUCGCCCGCGUCACAUGUCAAGCAACAGUGGGUGAACGCUCAGCUGCUGCUCUGUAAGAAGUGCAACAACAACCAGACAGCAAAGAUCAAGCAGCUGGCCUCCUUCAUACCCCGCGAUGAUGAGAACUACGAUGAGGAGAUUGACGCCUACAAGCAUCACCUGGAGCAAACCUACAAGUUGUGCAAGCCCUGUCAGACUGCCGUGGACUACUACCUUAAAUUUCAGAACCGACAGCUGCGAGUCUCUCUCCUUAGCCGUCACCUGAAACGAACCAGGGAGUCAAUCAAGGGGUUUAUGAAGAGUUCAUACUCCGUGUCCUCCUCCUUAGGUGUUGUGUACCUCCGGGCCCUGGCAUUCAUAAUAUGCACUUUCCUAGUUUCAACAUAUUUUUGUAAUUUCCACGAUGAGACAUCCUCUGCAAAUGGCCUACACACACCUCCAAAGUCUAAGCUUAAUGAGUCCAUUUCCAACAAGGAAGCAAGUGUACUGGUUCACCUGUGGCAGAGAGUGUUGGAAAACCUGCCAGACGCGACCAUGGGCAAGAGCAUGUGGCAGCUGGGAAAGGACAACCAAAUCACGAUGGUUACUGUGGGUCUGUUCACGUGUCUUACCGCCAUCUGUUUCGCUGGAUCAGUUGGGUUGCGGAGGAUCGACGUGUUGGCUUUGGUCCUGUGGUUCGUCCUGCUGUGUGUCCAUCUGGCCGAGCGCUACAUGGACAUUACAGCCAGCUGGAUGGGAACAGCCAAGCUUGUUGCCUCUUCCGCUUGUUGCUUUGUCAGCCUUGCUGUUGCUGUGGUAAACCACAAAACCCUGGGUCAACGAAGCUGCAAUAACAGAAGGCUCCUUGCUAGCGGUGCUGCAGUUCCUCCGAUCACCACACAGCCGUGCUGCAGCCGAGUGGAAGAGGAAGAUCCCUUUGUCCUCACACCACCUCCUAACCUCUUCAAGCUCAUCAACCGUCAGAAGAGCCCUCUGGCACGCAAGGCCUCCCCCUCAUCUCUGUCAGUGCGUCUCAACAGAACCCUCAGCCUCGGCACAAUGCCCUCGCUAAAGCGCACAGAAUCAGGAUAUUUGUUUAGUGGAACCAGGCCAACAUCGCCUAACGCAGACUCUCCUCCUUCAGAUUACUUUUCUUGGAAGUCCACAAGCCACCCGUCAUCACCGGAGCAUUCACCCACCCCUUCAGUGGCCGGUUCCACCGUCUCCCUUUCCAGUUCUGCGCGGCGGCGACCUCUCAUCAGUCCAGCCACCUUCAACAUGCGUACCCAAAAACUACGGCUCUACUCCACUCAGACAGAACCCAAAAUCUCAUCCACUCAAGUGUCCAUGUCUCACUUCCAUAUCCAGAGAAGCUCGCUCAACAGCUUCAUGCCACCCGACUUGUCAGCAGACCACGCUGAUGAGAAUUCAGAGUUUAAGGACAAUGGAUUAACUGAAGAAAGUCGAAGCUCUUCCGGCUCGUCUGCUUGCCUGGUUGGGACGACGACAGAGAAUCCACUCUGUACAACACCGUCUGAAGGUUUCCUGAAGCGACUCUUCUGGCCCCUGCUUUUCCUCACCAGCAUGAGCGCAAACCUGUUCUUCAUCUGUUUGUAUCUGAAUCCUGACUGGGCAGUAAAUCUGACUUAGGAGAGGAACCAAAUCACACCACCAUGCGAAAACAUUGAGGUCGACUGAGCAGAGACUGUUUACCCUCUCUGUGUUAUUACACUGUUUUUGUCACAUUAUACAUCCACAUCUUUUCAGUCAUGUAGAAUUUCAGUUAACGGUUCUGUGAUUUGUUUUCUCAAGUUCAGUCUGUCUUUGAAUCGGAACAAUGGCAUCAGAUGAUCACGGGAGCGCUCAAAACUACAGGCGUUUGCCUUCUACCUCCAGCAUCUGUGUUCCUGUGUCAGUUUCAAAACAGUUUAACAUCAGGAACAUUCUCACCUCUAUGCAAUUGGACUGCUGGUGGUAACCUGGAGACAUUUUUUUUACAGCUCUAUCUAAGGAUUUGAAUGCAAAUGAGUGAUAGCCUUUUUCACUACAUUAUUAUCAUGCAAGGUUGGUGCUAAUAUUUUUAACAAGUCAUUGUGUGUACUGUUAUCUGCUGCAUCAUGUUCAACUUGUGUUUUCUCUGAAUGUUAAAAUGGGAGUCAGAGUAAGGUGGUUUCUCUCUCCUCCAAGGUAUUUCAAGUCACAAUAUUGGCUACAAAAGUCAAGUACAAAAAGAUCUACGAAGAAUGAAAUGUUGGCCUCUGUAUUGCAUAUAUUUUUUUUAAUUUUUAUUUUAUUUGCAUCAUAAGUUUGAACUACUGAUUGCGUUCAGAGACACGGGGACUGACACCUUCUCAUCAGCAUUUAAGAUCAUGAUUCCUGUCAGUGUUUUUUCUACUUCCUAUUGUGACUACAUGUGUUUUUACUGGUGCCGUGAGGCUGAAACACUGAGGUGUUUUCAAAGUAAUAUUUUGUCAUAAAUAUUUGAGAGUAAUUUAUUUUCUAAUUUGUAUGAUUUUCUGUCACUGAAAAAAAGCUUCAGUUUAUAGAAAGUUUUGUUUGUAAGGUUUAUCAUGUUUUUGCUA